AUGCGUUGCUAUAUAUUUGGAUUGUCCAUCGCAUGCGGCGUACUCCACCGGUGGCGACUGCCGAUUGCUGGGCCCGCGAAGACCCUCCGACACCAAGCCAGCUGGUGGGUAUGUGAUGGAUGUGAGAGGCCACUUGGUGGUCGUGCAGCACCUUGCGCUCGGCUGGCAGUUCGAAUGCAGUCGCGCCCAGCGCCUGCUUCACACGAGUCGUGGCGACCUCCAGGCAGUGGCCUUUUCCACGUUCUUCUCGUUACCAUCCUCCAUUUAAUGGGCGUCAGUCAACGGGAGAUACUCAGACCCAGCACCGUUUCGUGA